AUGGCGGCGCUAGCUACAAUACCUCAAAAGUGGCCGCCGGCGCUUGGUCCGCCCCAAAUCGAAGUGAGACGGCGGCCCAUCUGCACCGCGUCAAUGGCCGGCGCCGAACCUGAUGUCAGGAAAGAAGAUAUAGUUAUCGUCGGCGCCGGAGUUGCUGGCUUAGCUACUGCGGUGGCUCUGCAAAGGGUUGGAAUCGGGUCGUUGGUGCUGGAGCAAGCCGAGUCUCUGAGGACUGGGGGAACUUCUCUUACCUUCUUCAAGAAUGGAUGGAAAGUUUUGGAUGCUAUUGGGGUAGGGAGCCAGCUGAGGAGCCAAUUCCUCGAAAUUCAAGGGAUUGUGGUGAGAUCAGCAAGUGGAAGAGAGUUGCGGUCCUUCAAUUUCCAAGACGAGGAUCCAAGUCAAGAAGUUCGUGCUGUAGAAAGGAGAAUUCUGUUAGAGACACUUUCUUCCCAGCUUCCCCCGAAUGCAAUUUCGUUCUCCUCCAAGCUGAAAAAGGUCGAAACAAGUGAAAAUGGUGAAACCAUUCUUAGACUUGAGGACGAAUCCCAGAUAUCAUCUAAGAUUGUUAUUGCUUGUGACGGGAUAAGAUCUCCAGUGGCCAAAUGGAUGGGCUUUCCUGAUGCAAGAUAUGUCGGGCACUGUGCGUUACGUGGGCUGGGCUAUUACUCUAAUGGGCAACCAUUCGAGCCCAGAGUAACUUACAUCUAUGGAAGAGGGGUGCGUGCAGCGUACGUGCCGGUUUCCCGUACGAAGGUGUACUGGUUUGUCUGCUUCAACUGCCCAUCUCCAGGUCCAAAGAUAACAGACCCAACCAUUUUGAGGCAAGAAACUGAAACACUGGUUAAAGAUUGGCCCAGAGAGCUUUUGGACAUCAUCCGGUCCUCGCCGGACGACACGAUUAUAAGAACCCCUCUUGUCGACAGGUGGCUUUGGCCGGGAAUAAGCCCUCCAUCUUCAAAAGGAAAGGUCGUCCUAGUUGGCGAUGCUUGGCAUCCUAUGACACCAAAUCUCGGGCAAGGUGCUUGUUGUGCUCUAGAAGAUGCUGUGGUCCUAACUGGAUUACUUGCCGAGGCUGUGAAAACCGGAACCUUCACGGUAGAAGAUGCAUUUAGGUCAUAUGGAGAACAAAGGUGGCCACGGAUAUUUCCAUUAACGGCACGCGCGAAUCUCGUUGGUGCUUUAUUGCAGCUCGAAAAUUCGGUAGUGUGUUCUUUGAGAGACAAUGUGCUCGUACCUAAGCUAGUUAAGCUUGGGUCCAUGCUAGAACAUACAAAUUUCGAUUUCGAGCCUCUCCAAUUUGAUAAGACAAAUUGA